GGGCCGUGCUGGGCGGACGGCGCCGGGAGCCCGCGGUGAGCGGCGCGCGGGUGCGCCAAUGGGCCCGGCCCUGGCGCAGGUGAGCGGCCGCUCCCGCCGCCGGUUCCGCCUCGGCCGCCAUGGAGCCCGUGGGCACCUGGGGCCCUGUGCGGGCGGCCGCCUGGCUCCGAGGGCUGGACGCGGCGGUGCAGGGGUACCCCUUCGAGGCCUGGGGGCUGGGGGGGCCCCAGCUGCUGGCACUGUCGGCGGGGGCGCUGGAGGCGCUGGGCGUGCGGCAGCUGGGCCACCAGGAGCUGCUGCUGGAGGCCGUGGAGCUGCUGCGAGAGCUGGACACAGGGCUGGCGAGCACCAGCCUGCGGACACUGACGGAGCGGCUGCGGGAGCUGGCGCAGGGCACCCAGAGCCUGGUGCUGCGGGGGUCACCGGGGGGGGCUGCCCCCCAGCCACCCCCCGUCACCCUCCUGGCCCACGUCGUCGACCUGCUGGGGGCUGCCAAGGGGCUCUUCUCCUGGCUCAACAGGUACCUGUUCUCCACCCUGAAUGACUUUUCGGCCAGUAGGGACAUCGUCGUUCUCUGUGCCCAGCUGGCAGAGACGCUGCAGGAGGACUGUCCCGUGGUCGAGAGGGACAGCCGGAUCCUGCAGAUUUGCCAGCACAUCGUGGGCAUCUGCGAGAACAUCGUGGGCUGCAGCCCCCCCGCACUGCUGGACCGCAGGGCUGUGCUGCAGCGCGUGGGGCUGCUGCUGCCCCCCGGCCGCCAGAACAGCCCCCCCAUGUCCCCUGACACCCCAACGCUGCCCCCCAGCCUGUGGGGGAGCCCCCCAACAUCCCCUGACACCCCAACACUGCCCACUGACCCCCUGGGGAGCCCCCCGCUGCUCCCCACUGCCCCGCUGGUGAGUGCCCUGUAUCCCCCACUGCACCGGGACCCUUGGCCACCCCCUGUGCCCACUCACACCUCCCCCCCGUCCCCCCAGGGCCUCGAGAUCACCUCCACUAGCUCCCGCCUGCACUUCGUGUCUGCCACCCCCUCGGAGGCUCUGGCUGCCCACGGGGGCCACAUCCUGCCCGGAGAUGAGAUCGUGCAGGUCAACGAGCAAGUUGUGGUGGGCUGGACACGCGACAACCUGGAGAAGAAGCUGCUGGAGAAGGGGGGUGAGGUGACGCUGGUGCUGAAGAAGAUCCCCCUUCACCUGCCCGACUCGCCCCCCUCGCCCAGGCAGCAGCUCCCCGGAGCAUUUUCGGAUGCUGCGGAUUCCCCUGGUGCCAGGAGCAGCGAGUGCCCGGGCAGCCCUGUGUCCCUGAGCUCCAGCGCUGCUGCCGACUUGGACUCGGGGCCGGACUCUGUGCCAGACCCUGCAACAGAGGAAGAGGAGGGAGAGGACGAGCGGGACCCGAGGCUGCGUGGGGCGGACGUGGGGCAGCUGCCGGUGCUGCUUGGCUGCGGUGGGGAGGAAGAGGAGGCAGCGUGGGAGGGUGACACCUCGCUGGGCGCCCCCCCAGACACCCCACCGGACACCCCAACCUCCCUGAGCAACCCGCUGGACACCCCAUCCUCCCCAAGCACCCGCCCGGGCACCCCAUCCUCCCCAGGCGCCCUUGCUGCCGCCGGACCCUGCACCGCAGAGCUCAGCCCCACGUCAGCCCCCACCGCGGGGGCUGGGGGCGCAGAGCCCAGCGAGCUCACUGGGGAGGGCAGCCCCCAGAGGGGACGCAGAUCAAAAGGAGUGGCGACCCGGCUGAGCCGCCGGCGGGUCUCGUGCCGGGACCUGGGCCGGGUGGACUGCGAUGGCUGGCUCCUCAAGAAGAAGGACCACGUGGGCUUCAUGGCCCAGAAGUGGAAGCGCUGCUGGUUCGUGCUGAAGGGCCACACGCUCUACUGGUACAACCACCCCAACGAUGAGAAGGCUGUGGGACUCAUCAACGUGGCCACCUACGACCUGGAGAGCACGAGGGAGCAGAAGAAGAAAUACGUGUUCCAGCUCUCCCAUCAGAGGUACAAGCCCUUCGUCUUCGCCGCAGAGACGCUGGCGGAUUUGAGCAUGUGGGUCAGUCACCUGGUGACAGCCAAAAUGAAGUACACGCUGGCCCACCAGUCCGUCCCAGACAGGGAGGAAGACUGCUACAGCGAGACAGAAGCUGAGGACCCUGAUGAUGAGUUCCCCAGGCACGGAUGUGACUCGCCAAGGAAGAGGCCGCCAAAUGCCCCAGAGAAAGCCCAGCUGUUCGCAGCUGGGGAGCCGGGCAGCGCAGCCAGCAGCCCCCAGGGCAGCCCCCGGCCCUGCUCGCCCAUGGACUCUGCUGGGGAGGAUCUCGAGUGCCUGAUGCGGUGCUUGAAGCAGGGCGGGGUGUCCCUCAUGGGGCAGCAGCGGUUCCUGACGCAGGAGCAGUGCCGCAAGUCCUUCAUCCGCCGCAACAAGAACCCCCACAUCAACGAGAAGGUGCACACGGUGCGGGCCCUGCAGAGCACGCUCAAGGCAAAGCUGGAGGAGCUGCAGGCUCUGGAGCAGCUGCUGAGCGACGCCGCGCUCACCUCGGAGAAGUUCACGCGCUGGAAGGAUGAGCACCAGGAGCUGUACCAGGAGCUCCGGGAGUGCUGGGCAGGGCAGGGGGGCCAGGACAGCAAUGGGGGGCUUGGGGCCGAGCAGGGCCCCCCAAAAGAGCCGGCCGAACCCUGACACCCCGCUGGGACCUCUCUGACAUAAACCAUUGUCAAAAACCAUCCUAGUGCUGCGGGAACAAAGCAGGUGCUCUGCUCAUGCUGGGGUGGGUGCACGGGACGAGUUAUGAUAUUUUUGAGGACUCAGCCCCCAGAGCAGACUUGCCACAGGAGAAUUGGCUUCUGCUCCAUCCCCCAUCCCUGCGGUGGGACAUUGCAGUGACAGUCUUGCUUUGUUCAAGGAUGUUUUGCCUCAGCUGCCAACAAGGGCCUUUUCCUGCAGGAACGUGUCUCCAGCGCGGUGCCACCAGGGUCUCUUCUGCUGUAAAUAAAACUGUGUCCACGAGG